GUGGACUUUGCGAUACCGCAAUCCAGUCGUGAUCGAUACUGCACAGGCAGUGUUUGUACUACUUACUCAGCACCUAUCAAUACCUCGCGCUCGCAAUCAUGGUGGAGGCGUACUGCGGCACGUGGAGGCUGACGAACAGCGUCAACUUCGACAACUACAUGAAAGCCAUAGGAAUCUCCUUUACCGUGAGGAAGAUCGGAAACAUGACCAAACCCACACAGGAGAUCAUUUCGGAUGGAGAAAACGUGACCAUCAAGACUAUGAGCUCCUUCAAGAACUCGGAGGUUGUCUGCAAACUGGGCGAGGAGUUCAAGGAGACGACUGCGGAUGGCAGAGAGGUCCAGUCCGUCAUAUCCAUGCAAGGGGACAGACUCGUGCAAGUACAAACGUGGGACAACAAGGAGUCCAUCUUGACGAGGGAGUUGAAAGAUGGAAAGCUGAUUUUGACCUGUAGAAUUGGUGACGUGGAGUGUGUCCGGACUUAUGAGAAGUAGCCGCCUACCUUGUGCCAUUGAAGAGCUGACGGUUCGGGGAGAUGCAGCCGAUGUGUAGUCUGCUUUGAUGUGGUUAUAAUCCUGCAUAUGUACUGGAUAGCAAUUUACACGAUGAAUAACAAUAAAGUACAUUUAAUUGUAA